AUGUCCUCGUCUCAAAUCGACUUUCGGAAUCUGACAGUCGUUGAGCUUGGAGCCGGAACAGGUCUGUGCUCCCUCGUUGCUGCCUCGCUUGGAGCGGAUGCGAUGGCGACAGACAGGAACGAGGAGACGCUCAGGCUAGUCGAGCUCGCUGCUUCGCGACAAGGACUAGAAGUGCGAACGCAACACUUUGACAUUAUCGGAGGCGUUCCGCUCCCCAGCUGCCAUGUUCUCCUUUCAGCUGAUUGUAUGUACAAUGCUGAGGUGGCGAGGAACCUCGCGCGUCUUCUGGCCCGCGCGCAUCAGAGGGGGAUCAAGACGAUAGUGGCAGACAGUGUGAGGAUUGCGAGGGAAGAGUUCGAGGAUGAGCUUUCUUCUCUCGGCGUCGCUUACGAAGUGGAGGAUUAUCGCUUUACCUUCACAGGUUCUGCCGUCAGCUUCGACGAGGAUGUGACGCGUUCAGCUCUCGUCUCCUUCUUCAAUUUUCUCCCCCUGGAGCCUGCAGUAGCUCCUGGAGGAAGCACAUUGUCGCAGUAG